AUGCCUUUUCCUCCUAAAGUAUACCAGUUUUUGGUGGGCACAUUUGCUGCCCUUGGAUCUUUUCUCUAUGGAUAUGAUUUGACCAUCGUGGCUGAGGUGGUAUCUAGUGGCUCCUUUCUGAGUUUCUUCGGCCCGAGUACUACCCAAGUUGGUCUGGUGGCAUCGCUGCUCACGGCAGGUGCCGUGGUCGGCGCUGGGAUAGCGUAUCCAUGCUCGGACUACUUUGGCCGCCGAGCAACCAUCUUAGCUGGCGGCCUGAUCUUUUGCCUAGGAGGUGCAUUACAGUCUGGCGCACAAAACUAUGCCUACGUUUUAGGAGGCCGCUUCAUAGCGGGCAUGUCUAUCGGUGUUCUUACCAUGAUCAUUCCCAUCUACCAAGCGGAAUUAGUACACCCCGAGAUCCGAGGUUUAGUAACAGGCCUACAGCAGUUCAUGCUCGGUAUUGGCGGCGUCUGCGGAAGUUGGAUCAGCUAUGGCACGUACGUUAGUUUCUCGGACAACCGGCAAUGGCGCAUACCGUUGGGUAUUCAAGUCGUGCCAGCUGGUCUCCUAUCUGCUCUGAUUUUUCUCUUCCCCGAAUCCCCUCGAUGGCUCAUUAGCCAGGGCCAGGUCGAGAGGGGUCUACAGACCCUGGCGCGACUACAUUCCUGCGGCGAUACAUCUGAUCCAUGGAUUCUCGCCGAGUUUGAACAGAUCAAAACUCAGGUUGCUGCACAGAAAGAGCAUAGUCAGGUCAAGUUCCUCGACUGGAUCACCGAAAAGUCCAUCUUCCGUCGCCUGUUACUGGCGUGCGCCAUGCAAGCUGGUGCGCAAAUGACAGGAGUGUCUGCCAUUCAGUAUUACUCCGUCACCAUUUUUAAACAAAUCGGCAUUGAUGGGACGGACACUCUUAAAUAUCAAGCCAUCAACUCGAUCAUCGGCCUUGUCGGUGAACUCCUUUUAAUGCUCGUCGUCGAUAAGAUGGGUCGUCGUAAACUGGUUGUGGGUGGGAACCUGGCCAUGUGCCUCACAUAUGUCAUCAGCACCAUUCUCCUCGCCCGGUUCCCUCCCACGGUGAAUAAUACUGGUGCACAUUGGGGUUUUAUUAUAAUGACAUGGCUCUAUAAUUUCUGCUAUGCCAGUAUGGGCUCGCUGUCCUGGAUGAUCCCGGCGGAGAUUUUUGAUACAGCAACCCGAGCCAAGGGUGUAGCUUUAGGCUGUAUGGUAUCAUUCGCGUUCAACACAAUGAUUGGCCAAGUGACACCUAUUGGAAUGGCAAAUUCAGGGUGGAAGUUCUACAUCGUCUUUGUGGUCUGCAACUUCACAAAUGCCGUCUUCUUUUGGGCCAUGCUUCCUGAGACCAAACUGUUGCCUCUAGAGGAGAUGAAGAAACUGUUCACUGAAACUCCAUGGUUCGUCGGUAACACAAGCAAAUCCGAGUACCCAGUCACUGAGGCCAGCGUUUUGGCGCAGCAGAUCGAACAUAAAGGUCUAGAAGAGAAGGAGAGCACAACCAUGUAUGAUGAGACGGUGACAGCGAGCGUGGUGUGA